AUGACGUUAAACCAAGUCAAACCUAGCGCCCCUGCCAAACUAGUCAAACCUAUCGCCCCUUUCAAACUAGUCAAACCUAGAGCCCCUGUCAAACUAGUUAAACCUAGCGCCCCUGUCAAACUAGUUAAACCUAGCGCCCCUGUCAAACUAGUCAAACCUAGCGCCCCUGUCAAACUAGUUAAACCUAGAGCCCCUGUCAAACUAGUCAAACCUAGCGCCCCUGUCAAACAAGUCAAACCUAGAGCCCCUGUCAAACUAAUCAAACCUAGAGCCCCUGUCAAACUAGUUAAACCUAGUGCCCCUGUCAAAUUAGUCAAACCUAGCGCCCCUGUCAAACUAUUUAAACCUAGAGCCCCUGUCAAACUAGUCAAACCUAGCGCCCCUGUCAAACUAUUUAAACCUAGAGCCCCUGUCAAACUAGUCAAACCUAGAGCCCCUGUCAAACUAGUCAAACCUAGAGCCCCUGACAAACUAGUUAAACCUAUCGCCCUUGUCAAACUAGUCAAACCUAGAGCCCCUGUCAAACUAGUCAAACCUAGCGCCCCUGUCAAACUAGUUAAACCUAGCGCCCCUGUCAAAUCCAUUUGUUAA